GUAUGUCCUCUGAUAUCAUAAUCCAUAACAAAAGCAGAGCAUCAAUGGCGUUUCACAGUGAGAAGUCUAUCUUAGUGAAGGUAAUCGUCUUCUCUCUGCUACUUCUUCUUCCCUUGUCACAAAGCAACGCUGCUCGUAUUGCAUCGACCUCCAGAGUUCCUAUCGGCCCCAUGCGACCGAUUUGCCCGGCUUGUGUGUGUUGCGAGCCAGCGCCACGAGGAAGGUGCUGCAGAUGUUGUGCAUCUCCUAUCGUCUCUCAGACUCAUCACCACUCUCGAUCUCCAUGAAAGACAUAAACAAAAAAGCCGACUAGUUUGUUUCACCAAGUGCUCUGUUUUUUAUUUAAAAACAUGCUCUGUUUCCAGUAGCUAAGGCUGUAACCAGUGCCGUGCCUACAAUUUUGGGGGCCU